UACGCGCAAUGGCACGGAUGCGUCGUACGCGCAGGUGACGAGCGAGGAACGCGUCGCUUCUUUUUUUUAUUUUAUUGUACUUUUAUUACCUAGGGGGGCCCGCUCAUACGCACGGCUGUCGCAUCUUUCGCGAUCGACCACGAUGACCUGCUACCCCGGGGGGAGGGGGCCGCGACAGUGCUCCACGAGAUUAUCGUAUCAAUCGCUCAACCGUGGCUUACGUGCGCCCGAUUAUCGUCGCCGUCGUGAACAGCCGAUGCGUUGUGUACUGCGUGAAACUGAUAUAUCGCGAUAUAUCUGCGACUCGGCGGCUAUGCUACUAUGCGCGAUAUAGCGGCGCGACUCGCCAAGUUUUCCCGAGGCCGAACGAUUUCCGGCAGCACCGGGAUAGAGUUCCUGUGAUAAUAGUUAAGCGCGGUUUUGAUUGGUCGCUUGAAUUCGCAAUAUGUGACAGCCAAGAAACCGCGAAUUUCAAAUAUAAAUAUAGAAAAGCACUUAAUAAAAGAGACAAUAGUUAAUGUAACAGAGCCUAAAUGCUAUAUAAUCUUGUAUGUUGUUGACAAAGUUAUAUAUGUAAAUUAAUGCCAGCAUAUAGGCCGGUUUUUAAAUUUUACAAUAAUCAACUGCAAAACUUAUAUUGUACUACUUGGUUUUCCUGGUCCAUUUUCUGCAAAUUAUAAUUAUGUAAAAUGUAAUACUUCAAAUUAAUUAAUAGCCAUCCAAUAAGGAGGGUUCUUUGGGUAAUAAAUAGAUUAAUUUGUGUAAUAAUUGAGGAUACAUCCUUGAUAUCCUGCACAGCACACAUUCUUUAUUUAAGAAUGUUUCAAGGACAUCCUUUGAACAUCUUUAGAAGGUGGUAUUGCGCUUGGAUAACUAAAACUUAUCUAGAUACAAAUAAAAUAAAUAUAUUUCUUUAUUUAGAUUAUAAUUUUAUGUAAAUAAACGACAAACAUUGCUAGAUCAGUGCUGUGUGGAUUUAAUUUCAAAUUAUUACUAAUUUUCUAUUAUAUCUUUUUCAUGAGAGAAAAAUUCUAUCUUUUCAUAGACAUAAAAAAUAAAUAAAAUUAAAAUUUAAUCUUACAUUAUAAAAAACGGCAUAACUUUUCAUAGCUCCAAGUUAAGAGAUCUUGAGUUAAUAAAAUUAAAGAUCAACUUAAAAAAAAUGUAAGGGAAGAUUCAACUUAAAAGAUGUUGCGACAAAGGAUUUCUUUAACUCAAGUUUAAUCAAAACUCUUUGUCCGUCGUGGAAAAAUCGUUCCCGUUCAGUUUUACCUCGCGAGUCGCGAAUCUACAGUUGCUGCUUGCACCGUGACGAAAGGCGCGAAUUCCAGCGGAGCGAUUUGUUAAGCGCCACCGAGCAAUUUCGAAUUCUACCGGCUCUUUUUCCGCGAAGGAAUAGCGUCUGAUUAAUAGAGUCAAAUAUACGCACAUCCAAGAUGGACAUGAACGCGCUGAUCUGCAACAAGUGCUUUGCGCCGACGUACAGAGCAAAACUUCCGUACCACAUCACACAGUGCGGCCACAUCUUCUGCCAGGGUUGUGUGCAGCAAGCCGAGAAGCAGUGUCCGCAGUGCCAGCGAAUUGGCUGCAUAUCAUUACCGCUGGAGGAGCCGCUGCCGCAAAAGCUGAUACCAUACUUCCAGCCCAUCGGAGAGACUCUGGAAACAUUGAUGAAGAUGGAAUCAUUCCGCAGCAAUGAAUUGAAAAUAUUGCUGCAGCGCUUCAAUGAACUCGAUAAAAAAUACGAGCUACUGAAGACCUACUAUUGGCAACAACGACGUGUCUAUAAAGAGUUGAUGGAGAAGAAUAUGAUUUUAAAAGAGAAAAUUAAGGAUUACGAGAAGUUGCUGCUCUCGGAGAAACAAAGGAAAACUCCGCGACCAAUGUUUCAGAUAAUGCAGGAGACACCAUCCGACUCAGGUGUCUCCAUGAAUCCAUCGAACAUAUCAGGGUAUUCCAUGGAUUCUUCAAUGGAAAUUUUUAAAACUCCCAAUAUAACACCCAUGUCGUUCGAUUUGAGGAAGCAGUACAGAAACGCUGAUGGUUUUCGUAUUCCUGGCCGCAGACCUCCGAAAACUCGAUUCCCUGACCAGUCUUAAAUAUUAUAAGACUGUUUUCAUAAUAUUAUACAUUAUGAAAAACGAAUAAAAGAAGAAAAUUAUCUCAUGUACGCAGUAAUGUACUUUAAUUUACACUAUAAGUAAACUUUGUCUUAUUUUUUUUAAUUUUCUUCUUUUAUUUGUUAUUUCAGAAAUAUGUUAUACCAAGUUCGCAGUAGUCUCCUUUAAUUUACGUAGCGAACUUUAUCGUAAUUUCUCUUUCAACUUAAAAGAAUAAUCUCGUCAAACGUAUCACAAAAGUGUAAUUUGUUUUUAUUGUAAUUUCGGACAAAGAUAUACAUUACGUAUUUUAAACGUAUGUAAUUUAAUACGUUAUUUCUUAUCGAAUUCUCAUCAAAAUGUACGUUAAAUAUUACGUAUUAAAUAUAUAUAAUUUCUUAGCAACAAA